AUGGACAACGGAAUGGGCCCGGCCGACGUGCCGCCACCGAGCAGCGCCCCCAUCGACGACCGCGACCAUCGCGAACGGGAACGUGAGGCCGACAUGUCCGACACUCGCUCUCGCGACGGCGGCCACACUUACCGCGAGAAAGGUGUCAUCAAGCCUAACAAAGUCUAUAUCGGCGGUCUUCCCGAGCAUACUCGCCAGGAGGAUCUCCAGAGCUGCUUCGGCAAGAUAGGAAAUAUCACUGAGAUUGAGCUCAAGGUCGGCUUCGGAUUUGUUGAGUUCGAUACUCGCGAGGCUGCUGAAGAGAGCGUGGCGAAAUAUCAUGAGGGCUACUUCAUGGGCAACAAGAUCAAGGUCGAGCUCUCUCAUGGUGGAGGUCGUACGAAGUUUAGCGGCGACCCUGGCGCAUGCUUCAAGUGUGGUCAGCUUGGGCACUGGGCAAGGGAGUGCCCCAGCAAUGGCGGAACUGACAACUACAGGGGAAAGGGCGACUACCGCGAGCCGCGUAGCAGAUACAGCGGUCCUCCUCGCGAUCGCUAUGCAUACGAUAUGCCGCCUCCUCGUCGCCCAGCAUCUCCUCCGCGGUCUUACCGCGACUACCCGCCUCCACCAAGUCGCUACGCCGAGCCGCCGCCGCCUCGUGCUCCGUACUACCCUCCUCCGCCCUUCGAUGAUCGUGCGCCCUACUACCCCCCACCUCCGCGGGAGUACGGUCGCCGUGGCCCUCCUCCGCCCUCCAGCGACCGUUAUGCGGCGCCGUACCCACCUGCUGGUGGUCGCCCGCGCUCGCCGCCUCCUGUUGGGCGUGAUGAUUACCGUGCACCGCCUCCCCGCGACUACCCUCCUCCCAGUGAAUACCGUGGUCGUCCGCCGUCCCCGCCGCGGUAUGACUACCGCGGUGCCCCGCCGAGUAACGGAUACAGCAGGCGCCGUUCAGCAAGUCCCCGUGGACGAGGCUCAGCUCCCGCCUACGAUCCGUACGGCGCGCCGCCGUACGCUGGUCCACCUGGAGCUCCACCGGCCCACGGUCCUCCUCGCUCGGAAUACCGCGAGUCUAGCUACCGCCGGUCUUGA